AUGCGCGAAAAUAUUUGUGCGGCAUGUGUGCCUUCAUGCGCCGGUUCCUUGCCGUUCUCCGCUGCUUUUUUUUUUCUCAAACAGGCCACUGACACUACCGGUGCAGUCGAGACCUUUGGCGCGAAGCUCCACCGCCACCUUUCGCCCGCCAACUGGCUCAAGAAUUCCGGCCUAACAGGCAUCAACGCCGACGGCAACCGUCGUCUGUCCUGGAACUAUGGCGGCGGUUCGAGCGACAGCGGCGGUGGUUCGAGGGACAGCAGCGGUGGUGAAUCGGGCCCCAGCCACAACUCCGGCGGCGGUAAGUGA